AAAGUCCUCUCUUGCUGGCUGACUCUUCUUCUCCCCUCUCUAUAAUGCUACUAUAGUCUUUUUAAUACUACUCCACUUGAAACUUUCGCAUUCCCUACACGCCACACGCUAAUAUUAAUACUAUACUAUAUAAUCCUCUUAUAAGUGCAGACACAAAUGCAAAUCAUUACUUAUACUAAUCCUUUUACAAUGGGUCACAAUGCAAAUACUCUCAAAUCGUUACUGCUAUUAUCACUUGUGUUAUGUCAUGUUUUCUCCUUAGCACCUUCCAUUGAAGCUACGUCUACACAGAAAUACAAAUACAAGAAUGCAUACGCGACAAUGAUGUAUGUAGGAACACCAAGAGACUAUGAAUUCUACGUUGCUGUUCGUGUUCUUGUUAGAUCACUUUCAAAACUUAAUGUUCAAGCUGAUCUUGUUGUCCUUGCUUCCAUUGAUGUUCCUCUUCCAUGGAUUCAAGCUUUGGAAGAGGAAGAUGGUGCAAAAGUCGUGAGGGUGUCAAACUUGGACAAUCCCUACAAGCAUCAAGAUAAUUUUGACAAGAGAUUCAAGUUAUCACUGAAUAAACUCUAUGCAUGGAGCUUAGUGGACUAUGACAGGGUUGUUAUGCUAGAUGCUGACAACCUCUUCCUUCAAAACACUGAUGAAUUGUUUCAAUGUGGACAAUUUUGUGCCACAUUUAUCAAUCCUUGUGUCUUUCAUACGGGUCUCUUUGUCUUGCAGCCAUCAACGGUUGUGUUCAAAGACAUGGUUAAUGAAUUGCGAAAUGGGAGAGAAAAUCCAGAUGGUGCAGACCAAGGUUUUAUAGAUAGCUACUUCCCUGACUUGCUUGAUAAGCCAUUGUUUCAUCCGCCUUCAAAUGACACCAAGCUUGAGGGAACAUAUAGGCUUCCUUUAGGUUAUCAGAUGGAUGCUUCUUACUACUAUCUUAAACUUCGUUGGAGCAUACCAUGUGGACCAAAUAGUGUGAUCACAUUCCCGGGGGCACCAUGGUUGAAGCCAUGGUAUUGGUGGUCUUGGCCUGUCCUGCCACUAGGCAUCCAGUGGCAUGAACAACGUCGCCAAACUAUAGGGUAUGCUUCGGAGAUGGCUGUGAUAUUUAUCCAAUCUGCAAUAUACAUAGGAAUAAUAGCAAUGACGCGUUUGGCAAGGCCGAGCCUCUCAAAAAUAUGUUUUAGGCGUUCCGAUAAGAGCAUCACCCUGGCACACAGCAGCCUAAAAUUAGUAGCAUUGUGGUGCAUACUUGCUGCUUACGUAACACCAGUCUUUAUCAUACCUCACACAAUUCACCCUCUACUUGGUUGGAUCCUGUAUUUUCUUGGUUCUUUUGCAUUUUGCUCAAUUGCAAUUAAUAUCUUUCUUCUACCAAUGUUACCAGUUUUGGUACCUUGGCUUGGGAUUCUUGGAGUCCUAAUGGUUAUGGCAUUUCCUUGGUAUCCUGAUGGAAUAGUAAGAGCUAUGUCUGUGUUUGGCUAUGCAUUCUGUUUUGCUCCAUUUUUGUGGAUAUCUUUAGUGAGGAUUGUGACAGGUCUUCAACUAUCUCUAGAGAGGGAAGCUUUUCUACCUAGAUUUGCAGAAUGUUAUCCACAAUCUUGGUUUAACAAGUUAUUUUGAGAUGUAUACUUACAUUAAAAUUGUAUUCAUUUGUUCACUUACAUUAAAUUUUAUCAAAUCUCACUUGUACUCAUUGUUUAAUUA